GUAUAUCCGUUCUAAUGGGAGUACUCUCUUUUUCAAAGUAAGUGCGAAGUGACUUGGGUUAAGAAUAAAGUGAAAAAGUUCCACAUAUUCAACACCAUUAGGAAAUUUGAUGCUUGAAAACUGAUAGGUGACGCAACCAGCAGCAGAGAAGCGUUAAUAAACGGGAGUAGUCCCCACACAAAAACAGCACAGCAAGCCAAUUUUAAAUCAGGAGGCGCCUAACAGGUUGAUAACAUGGCGAGCAAUGUCAAUGAUGACUUAGAUUUAUAUGAAAAUCCACUUCUCGACACCUUGACCUUCUCAAUUGCGAUAAACAGUGCUCCGAAUUCGUACGAAUUUACACGAUAUGUGCACAUCCUGGUUAAGGAGAUCAAAGGGUAUUUUAAAAUUCAAAAUAACGUUCAUCCUCUAAAUGAACCUGGGAGGUACAACUUUUUCCUAAUACAAGUAAGUUGUUGCUUGAGGGAAAUGGGGUGCAAUUGUAUACGGAAAAUCAUGGACACCUUGUUGUCUGAAGAUCGGGGCAACGAUGGUCAGGUGCUUUUAAUCGACUAUUUAAUGUACAAGCUGUUGACAUCGACGAUAAUUUACACUAAUUCGCCAGGCUCUUCUCAGGAAAGCGGGCUAGGGCCGAAGCGGAGGCUAAUGCCGCCGACCGUACAAGAAUUGGACGUUAUCAUAUCGCAAGUUGAUAUCGCUGGGCUUCCGGCGAACGUUAAUACAGAUUAUUUUCUUACAAUGCUUGAAAGUGAAAUAAAACUCGCGAUUGUACGCGAACGCCAAUCGCGAGUGAUUACCUCAUUUAAUUACGCCGAGAUAACUAUGCAGUGGGAUCGUUUGGAAAAAGCCUUCAUAAAAUUGGUUUCUAAGUAUAGAAAGAGGAAAGAAGAAGCUGAAUCUGACUUGGAAAAAUCAACGAACCCGAAACAAGAGCAGAACUAAGAAUGAAUUAGAAAUUACCAAUCUUCAUUCUAACAACUAUCUUAUACAUUUAAAGCUCCCCUCAAGGCCAAUUUUACUUAUUUUUUAACUAUCUAUCUAGUGAAAUUAUUAAUGUAAUGAAGUAUUUCAAGUUGUGAA